GUUUCCAGGCGUAGAUAUUUUGUCCAGCUGAGGCAAAUAAUUCACAGAGAAAUCAAUCAAAUUGCAAACUAAUCCAUUCCAUAGUUUAAUCUGGCUUGUCUUAUCAUGCUGUGAAGAGCAAGUUGGUCAUCAAUACAUAAUUCUUACGAGCUGCGUUUUCUAAAACAUAGAUACCGAGCUAUGAAAGCGAACAACUUUUUCUGUCUUGUUUUGAAAACAAUAUCUGUCAACUUGAAAUACUACACGAAGGCGCUCCUGCUUAUCAGCUUCGUCAGCUUUGGUGUUUGGCAAACAGCGAAAGUCAUGAGUAACACAUCGAAGCACCGCAGUACAAGGGGAUUGUAUAACUGGAAUGUGCAUGACUCAUUCAAAACUCAGCUGCCACCUUCAAGCUUUGAAGUGGCAAAAGGCAUCAAGGAAAAGAAUGACACCAUCAACAUUGACGGAGUCAGGGUGUUUUACAGAGAAUGUGUGCCCCCACCAAAUAUUGAGCCUUCCCAGCAAACACUUUUACUUCUCCACGGUCGGAGCUUCACCUCUGAGACAUGGUCAAAAAUCGGAACUAUUUCUCUCUUCGCCGCCCUUGGCCAAAGAGUUAUUGCAGUUGACUUACCAGGCUAUGGCAAAACAGAGGGCGAACAUUAUAAGGGUGACAAAGGAAAGUUCAUCAACAUGCUUGUAACUGCGUUGGUGAUGGAGAAGCUAGUUAUUAUUUCUCCUUCAAUGAGCGGGAGUUUUUCCAUGCCUUUCUUGGUCACGUACCCAGAAAAAUUGAGUGGUUUUAUCCCGGUGGCACCAACCUCGACUAAUACUGUUUCCCAAGAAUCUCUGGCUAGGAUAACAGUGCCCACAAUUUCAAUUGUUGGGUCAGAUGACGACACAGGAUUAGCAGAGCAGACAAACGUCAAUUUGGAGGUGAUGCCGAAUCUCGCCCAAGUGCAAAUUGCUGAUGCCAGGCAUGCUGUCUACUUGAACCAGCCACACCUGUUCCACACGGCGGUCUACAAUUUCAUGCUAGCUUUGAGGGCGGAAAUCGAAUCAAGGGUACAAUAGACUAUGUAUCGACUGAAGAAAUUUUAAUGUGAAGCUUUAACUGUAAUAACAAUACUCGUCAGCGUAAGGCGCUGUUAAUUGUGAUUAUAUUCUUGUUUAUUCUUGCAAUGGUCAAUAAAAUAAAAUUAUGGAAUUUUCACCAUUGAGUUAAGUUCAGCUCAAAUAAACUAGUUAUUUUUAAUUUGCAGCUAUGUUAAUAAAUAAAUGGAAAUAGAAUCGA